AUGGAGACGGGGUUUGGAGAAGCUACGGAGCAGGAAGGCGGGCUACAUCGCCCGAGCCCAGCCUUUCCUGCCUCGGGCGCCGACUCCAGCCUCCUGGCCGCGAGCGUAGUGGGAUGGAGAGGGGCUCGGCCAGCCCGCGGCAACCCCGGGUCGCCUCCCUCUCCUCCCGGGUCUCGCUGUCUCAGCCGAGGGGCGCGCUGCUCCGCUGCGCUCCUCGCCUUCCCCGGGGGAGCCUGCACAAACCUUGAACUUUUCCGGGGUUCAGAGUAUCCGACGCCUCCUUCUCCCCGCCGCCCCCGCCCUGCCCCCGGACGCCCGAGGUCUCGGUGCAGCCGGGCAUCCGCUCGCGCUCUCUCUCCCUCUCGCCGAGUCAGUUUGGGUGAGCGGAGCGCCGCGCCAGGCUGGGCUGCGGGCGGCGAGACGCGGGAGCCACGCCAGGGGCCGGGGCACCGGGCGCCGGCGCAACCCGCGGCCGGGGAGGCGGCAGCUGGUGCCUACCGGGCCAAGCGGAGAGGAGGAUGCUCGCUCUUCGCCGGGCGCCAGAGCUGUUUUGCAGUCUCUCGGCCAGAGGCGCGGGGCGAGGGUACCCUAUCUGCACCCCCAGAGUCUGGGCGUGGGGUCUCUCCGGAGCCCCGGGUGGGAAUCAGCCGGGCCGCCGCGCCCAGCUUCGUUUGGGGAUGGUGUCCGGGGUACCGGUCCCGGAAAACCUCUACGGUGCUGGGGUUGGAGGGGGCGCGGAGAGGAGGGAACGUGCCUUCCCACAACUUGUUUUGCUAA